AUGGCGUUUAGUAAAAUUUCUGAAGCAAGAAUCCUGUUCAAGGUCCAAAACAACAACAAGACAUUUAACUUGAAUCAUUGCUACUCCAUCCUUUCUCUUGCUCCCAAGUGGAUGAACGGCUUAGAAGGUUCAGCAAGAGGACAAGGAAACAGAAGCCAGAUUGUUGUGUCAAUCACUCCGUCUGGUGGGAAUGUUCAGGGGAACAAUGAAAUGUCUUCUCAACAAGGGGUUGUCUAUCCAAUAGGUUGCAAACAAAGCAAGGCCGGAUCCCAGGGAAAGAGAAAGGUCCAGGAGGCUCUUUUUGAUCUGGUGAAUGAUCAAAGAAAAGCCCAGCGUUCUGGUAGCAGAAAGGACAAAAAUUUCAGAGAGAUGCUGGACAUGAAGUAUAUCAUGAUGGAUGCAGACACUAUCAGCAAUCCAGUAAGACACCGCUGUGUUCUCUUGAAGCAAAAGCAAGCCCUGCGCCAAGCAGAAGAAGUAGAAAGAGGUUUUGAAGAUGAGGAUGAGAGUAGUGAUGAUGAAGAAGAAGAAGUUGAAGAGCUUCAAAGUGAUGAAGAAUAUAAUUUUUCUGAUGAAUAA